CUUACAUGUAGAUAACGCACCGUCUCCGGCGGCACCUAACCGCCAGCAACACAUUUAACGACACGCGUCACGUGAAAAUAUAAUUAUAUAUAUCUCUCCAAUGUCGCCGGUUGCGUUCGCAAAAAUUAAUUAGCGUGGUCUCCACAUUUUUUUAAAGUUAACUCCAUCUUAUACCUUCGAAUGUGCCUAAAGAGUUACAGCAAUGAAAAAACUACAUUACAUGCUUAUUUGUAUAAACAUAGUGCAUGGAAAACUUUCUCACGACGCCAAGAAGGAAUUCUGUGAAAAUUUGAAAUGUGAUGAGAAUGAAGACGCUCCAGUGUGCGGCAUGAGGUAUGAAGAAAACGGAAUAAGACUCAGGCUGUUCGAUAAUGAAUGUCAACUGAUGAAGUUUGGGUGCAAAGUUGAUAAAAAUCAGAAUAUUUACUAA